UUCCCCUAAAACCAGCAAACAACUAACCGCUGCUUUUGCGUCUUCUUCAUCCCGUGGGUCCUUUGCCCAUCGGAGAGGCGAUGCCACGAGGGUGUUAACUCCUUUCGGCCGCAACUUGGGAGACAGCUUGCAUCCCCCCCCCCCCCCCCCUUGGAUCUUUUUUUCUUUCUUUUUCUUCUUUUUUUAAAAAACACCUGCCCUUUUAGCUUCGCAGCCAAACGCUCUUAGUGCCGGGUGUUUUAGAAUUUAAUGAGUGGCAAUGUGUAGCAAAGCGAUCCUAGCACUCCUGGUCUAUGGCAUAAUAAUGCACUGCAGCGUCUACUGCUCACCUGCGGCCGGACUUCAGUACCCGGCGCUCAGGCUGGAGGAUGAAGUCUACGACGAGGACGGGAACACCCUGCAGGACUUCGCCUACGACCACGAGCCCCUCGGUAUAGCGAAUCCAUCCUCCAUGAUCGGCGAGAUGUACACCUUGUACUACCCACCGGAAAAGAGGCACGCCGAUGGGCUCUUCAACAAAGCCUACAGGAAACUCCUGGGCCAGUUAUCCGCCAGGAAAUAUCUGCACUCCCUGAUGGCCAAGCGGGUCGGCGGUGCCAGCGGCGGCCCGGGGGACGAGGCGGAACCGCUGACCAAGCGGCACAUAGACGGCAUCUUCACGGACAGCUACAGCCGCUACCGGAAACAAAUGGCUGUCAAGAAAUACUUAGCAGCCGUCCUGGGGAAAAGGUAUAAACAAAGAGUUAAAAACAAAGGACGCCGAGUAGCGUAUUUGUAGCGAUAAGUAACCAGCCACUCCUGUGUAUACAAAGUCCUAAGAGAGAGAGAGAGAGAGAGAGAGAGAGAAAGAGAGAGAGAGAGAGAGAGAGACCCAACAACAAAAAAAUUCUAAACAAAAACAAAAGUCAUUUCCAAACUGACUGAACAAUCACCGCUCCUGUGUUAUCUAAACAUGUAUUUAUGUAUGAAGUAAAGCCAUUAAAUGAAUAUUUUGAUAAUAAUAUUGUUUUUCUUUUGUACAAAAGCACUAGAGAAACGCACAGAUCUACUUUGUGGACCAAUCAUUAAGUUAUAUAUAAUAUAUAAAUAUAUAUAAAUACUACUACGAAUACUAAAGAACAAUUCUUCAUAUAAAGCCUGCACAAGAACAAGAAUUCGCCUGAGCUGUUUAUGUUUUUAUAUAAAAUAAAUAGAAAAAAAGACAAUCAUUGUUUUGAAUAUUACUCCUAUUUUUGUAACGGAAAUUAAAAGGAUAGUAUUUUUACCCGCGACAGGGUCGAAGACAUUAAUUUUCACCAUUUGCUACUGUACAUAGAGAAGGAUGCCCUGCUUCCAGGGGAUUAUGAGGAAAAUGAUUUGGGAGAAUUGGUGAAGCAGAUUCUUCCCCCGGUGAGUCUCGAGGCUCCUUUGCCGCUAGCCUCUCUGAAGGGGUAGCGUCCCCAUUCCUCUAGAUUUCGAAUUUUUUCCCCCUCCUGCUUUCUUUGAUUCUAGUUGUAUCUGUAUUAGUGUCUCCUCAAACAAUGAGCUUAGAGGAUCAUUCUCUUGUGAAAACAACAGCUCGAUCUAAAUUGUACAUCUCUGUUGCCUAUUGGAGGGAGAAAUAGUUUCAAAAAGAACAACCCCAAAAUAACAACAGAAAAAUCAAAACAAAACCAAAAAAAAGCCAAACCCCAACCCCUAAAUCCCGAACCAGCAGCAAGGGUAGUAAGUACUAAGCCCCGUGCACUGCUCUUCUGGCUGGCUGGGCAGAGUUGCAGAACAAAGCGAAAGCGGAGACAGGACCCGUUUGGAAAGAGUGGGGAAGUGAGCGGGGGCGGCCCCCGGCGCGCCCCGGGCCGCAGCCGGUACCGCAGCCCGUACCGGCGCCGGUGAUGCAGGGUCGAGGGAAGACGAGGCGAUCCCACCUCCGAUCCGCUACCCAACUGCCCCGGGCAGCUCGGUACUGGACCUGGAUGCAAAGUACAGUGUGUUACUCUCCAGUGCUGUCCAUGCUUCUCAUCAUGUGUAAUGAGUAGGGUUCUCGCCUUUGCAUUUUAUUUCGGAGUUGCUCUUUUCUUUCUGAUUGUUUUUUCUUGUAGACCCUCCCGCCUCUCAUCCUCUCUUCGCACUUUUAUGAGCUUUGUAUAACCCACCUGAGUCACCUUUUUGGGUUGUGUUCUUUUGGGGAAAAAAAAAAAAAAAAAAAAAAGAUUGUGAACGCUCUCUCACUCCUUUGUUCUGUUUUAUGCAAGCUCUUAUUGUACAAGUUUAGGAACCCCUGUUGUAGCUACCACUAAAGAAUUAUGCACUACUACGAAAGUUUUUGUUCCUUGUUUAUUGAGUUUGGAGGUAAAAUGUAUUUUUCUACAUUCUGGCUUAUUGCUUAGUAAAAUUUAUUUCAUAAAACAAACUUUUGUCAUAAAAGAA